CUGGAGUGAGCACUGGCUAAGGAUGUACAGUAGCUGAGGGCCAUGUAAACCUCAUACAUACCUUUCAGAGCAGGUUGAGCAUCACAGAGUGACUUUGCACAACCACUGAUAGCAAAGUCGGUGGCAUCCUGUGGAACUUACACCUGCAGUGGAAGGCAAAGAGGGGCACUCUGGCAGCUGAGAGGAAAAUAGAGGACAAGCAGGAGAUUUGGAUUGGAUAUCAGGCACUCACGGAGAGGACCUGGAGUCUGGAGCUAAAAGAGAACACUAUGGCUGUUUUGUGACUGAGAUACAUGUUUUGGAUAACAGCUGGGGGAUGAUAAGAUCUUUCACGUGGAGGACGCAGGGGCCGAGAGCUUUAUCAAUGAGCUUGUGCUCUUCUCUGUGAAUCAAGAGACACAACCAACACCACCACUGCCAAGCAAAGGCAAAAUGCUUUCACUUGAAGCAUGAGCUGUGAUGCCUUCUGGAAAGGCAAGAAAUUACAUGGAACAUUGACAUUUAAUCCUUGUUGUAUGAUCUUUGUAUUACAUUUCCUGGAGGUGACAAAGUCAGACAACCAUCACAGGAACAACUGACCACAAAAUGGAUCUAGCGGCGUACUUCGUACAGCUGAGCCAGUCGGACCUAUCAAUUAGAGAGUUCUCCCAUUUCUUCUCCACCAUUGCCAUCCACACUGGUUUUGAUGAUGAUACCCUGAAAUCCAACACGCCGGGGAAUUGCCGGGGACCGGAGAUUGCACGUGGGAGGAAUAUGUGAGGCUAAUCUUAGAGACACUCGCUGCAGAGGAUCCUCCUCUCGCAAUCAUGGAUCCGACUUCUGAGUCUCCCAUGUCUUAGUCUGCACCACGCCAUGUCACAGCCAACAAGUCAAUGCCCACGCAUGCCACGGUCAACGAGCUGGAAGCUUUGUCUGUCCCAGAGCCAGCGUUGUCAAUCUCGUCCAUCCCAGAGCCAGUGUUGCCAGACUCGUCCAUCCCAGAGCCUGCGUUACCAGCCUCAUCCGUCCCAGAGCCUGCAUUGCCAGCCUCAUCCGUCCCAGUGCCUGCAUUGCCAGCCUCGUCCGUCCCAGAGCCAGCAUUGCCAGCUUCGUUCAUCCCAGAGCCCACGUUUCCGACAUCGGCCUCCCGGAGGAGGGGGAGACAGGCUUCCAUUUCCAAGUCUCAGCCCAUGUUCAUGACCACAGAGGUUGUCUCCGUGUCUCUGCCCAUGAACAUGACCACGGGGGUUGUUUCCAAGUCCCAGCCCAUGUUCACGACCACAGAGGUCAUCUCUGAGUCUCUGCCCAUGUACACAACCACGGAGGUUGUUUCCAAGUCUCUGCCCAUGUACAUGACCACGGAGGUCGUUUCCAAGUCUCAGCCCAUGUACACGACCACAGAGGUCGUCUCCGAGUCUCUGUCUACUCCCACGACCACAGAGGUCGUCUCCAAGUCUCAGUCCAUGCCCACAACCACAGAGGUCGUUCCCGAGUCUCAGUCCAUGCCCACGACCACAGAGGUCAUUCCCGAGUCUCUGUCCAUGCCCACGACCACAGAGGUUGCUCUCGAGACUCUGCUCAUGUUCACGACCAUUGAGGUAAUUUCCCAGUCAUCCUGGACUCUUAGCCUCGAGCCUGCCACGGCUCUGCCUUCUACGGCUUCGCCCUUCGAGCCUGCCAGGGCUCCGCCUUCUACAGGUUUGCCCCUCAAGCCUGCCACGGCUCCGCCUUCUACGGCUUCGCCCCUCGAGCCUGCCACGGCUCUGCCUUCUAUGGCUUCACCCCUUGAGCCUGCCACGGCUCCGCCUUCUACGGCUUCAUCCCUCGAGCCUGCCACGGCUCUGCCUUCUACGGCUUCGCCCCUCGAGCCUGCCACGGCUUCACCCCUGAGCCUACUACAGCUCCGCCCUCAGAGUCUUCCAUGGCUCCAGUCUAUAAUCUGUGGCUGCCUCCCAGGCCUCUUGACCCUAUCUCAACCCUGUGGUAACCACCCAGGCCUCCUGACCCUGUUUCAGCCCUGUGGCCGCCAACCAGGCCUCCUGAUCCAGUCCCUACCCUGAGAUGGUCUUCUGGGUACUCUGGUAUCCUUGGUCUCCUGGCCGUCCGCCUGAUAUACUCUGGUCUUCUGGGUCUUCUGGCCGUCCACCUGAUCUG